AUGGAAGUGCUGACUUCGAUCUUGUCGAGCUGCCGCCGGCACAUCAAUCUGGACUUUCUGUGGGAGAAAACCAACCAUACUCACCUCAACACUAUGCCACGUGUACGACGGAAACGAUCAUAUAGCAAUGAGAGUGAAUAUCGAGAGGAUGACUUUAAACGUCACAAGAGGCAUCAUGAUAACCAGAUCGGUUAUUUUGACAGUCCACAUCACAGAUCAAGAAGCAAUGACAGGCGGGCACGAAACAGGCGACAUUAUGAAGAAAACCUACAUUCACCAUGCUACAACACUAGCAGCGGAACAACUGUCACGGGCAACCAGCAGCAUCGAGACCACUACCGCCACAACACAGAGUCAACAGUCAACACAGAGUCCAGCACCCAGCACAGGCACUCAGGGAGUAGGCGACGCCACAGGCGACGACGCCACCACCGCCACACUUAUUCUUCCAAGCGGGAGCACGGAGAGAGUGGAGGGGUUGGAAGAGGAGAAGAGAAGUCAAUAGAGGAUGAUGAAGACGGACAUCUCAUCUAUAGGGCUGGGGACAUGCUGCAGGCUCGAUAUGAAAUCGUCAAAACCCUAGGAGAAGGGACUUUUGGCAAGGUUGUCGAAUGCAAGGACAUCCACAAGGGCAGUAACCGGCUAGCCCUGAAGAUCAUCAAGAAUGUAGACAAGUACAGGGAGGCUGCCAAGUUGGAGAUCAAUGUGCUGGAGAAGCUGCGAGAACGGGACCCUGUGGGAAAAUACUUGUGCGUGCAGAUGCUGGACUGGUUUGACUACCAUGGACACAUGUGUAUUGCCUUUGACAUGUUGGGCCUCAGCGUCUUUGAUUUCCUGAAAGAAAACAACUAUGUGCCAUACAGCUUGGAGCAGGUGCGACAUAUAUCCUACCAGUUGUGUUACGCUGUCAACUUUCUCCAUGAAAACCAGCUGACCCACACUGACCUCAAGCCUGAGAAUGUUCUGUUUGUGAACUCUGACUAUGAUACCUACUACAACGCCAAGAAGAAGAGAGAGGAAAGGCGUAUCAAGAACACCGAGAUCAAACUGAUAGAUUUUGGGUCUGCCACAUUUGACCACGAACAUCACAGCACCAUUGUCUCCACCAGGCACUACAGGGCACCCGAAGUCAUUUUAGAACUUGGAUGGUCACAGCCCUGUGAUGUCUGGAGCAUCGGCUGUAUCAUGUUUGAGCUCUACACUGGCUAUACGCUCUUCCAGACACAUGACAACAAAGAGCACCUGGCGAUGAUGGAGAGAAUCCUGGGGACCCUACCAUACCGCAUGACCAAGAAGUCCAAGAAGCAGAAAUAUUUCUACCGAGGAUGUUUGGACUGGGAUGAGAAGUCAUCAGCUGGUAGAUAUGUACGUGAUACUUGCAAGCCACUGCGG